CGAACAUAAAAAAUUUACUGAUUCACCGAAAAUAAUUGCGGGAUUGCAAAUGAUAGCGGAUCCCGGAAUAAAUCCCUCCCUAAUCAUGCAAUGAUAAUGAGUGAAGAAUGGAACAGAUAGACACUAUUGAGCAAGUGCAAGUAGAAGUAGAUGUUAAUCACCCUGCAGCAGGAAGUAUCAGUGCUAUAGACAAGAAGUCUGUCCAUCGGAUAUGCUCGGGUCAGGUUGUUCUAACACUUGCCACAGCAGUGAAGGAACUUCUGGAAAAUAGUAUUGAUGCUGGGGCCACCAUUAUAGACAUCAAGUUGAAAGAUUAUGGAAGUGAACAAAUAGAAGUCAGUGAUAAUGGAAAUGGAGUUCAUCAGAAUAAUUUUAAAGGACUAACUUUAAAGCAUCACACAUCCAAACUACAAGACUUCUCAGACUUGAUCAGUGUGGAAACAUUUGGGUUUAGAGGGGAGGCUCUCAGCUCACUUUGUGCAUUGAGUGACAUGAGUGUUACUACUCGCCAUCAGGAUGCUGCUGUCGGUACAAGACUGGAGUUUGACCACAAUGGGAAAAUCUUGAAGCAGUCCAACCAGGCUAGGCAGGUUGGAACUACAGUUACUCUCCAGAAUCUGUUUAACACACUACCUGUGAGACAUAAAGAAUUCCAGAGGAACUUAAAGAAGGAAUUUGUAAAGAUGGUGCAAGUUUUAAAUUCCUACUGUAUUGUUAGCACUGGUGUGAGAAUCACUUGUACAAACCAGACAGGAAAAGGGAGCAGAUCAACAGUGGUGUCUUCAAAGGGAAAUGCAAAUAUGCUGGAAAAUAUAUCUAAUAUUUUUGGCCCUAAACAGCCACAAAGUUUGUUAGAGUUUAAGAAAAUUGAUCCAAAUGAUGACCAGUGUUCAGAGUUUGGGAUAAAGAAGGACAGUACAUCAUUAUUCAGUAUAGAGGGUUAUGUGUCAAAGUGUGAACAUGGUCAGGGAAGAAGUAGUACAGACAGACAGUUCUUCUUUAUUAAUGGCAGACCAUUUGAUUCAAAUAAGUUGAGUAAAGUUAUAAAUGAAGUGUACCACCAGUAUAACAGACACCAGUAUCCAUUUGUUGCUUUCAAGAUUACAGUUCAGAAAGACAAUGUAGAUGUGAAUGUUACCCCAGAUAAGAGACAAGUUUUCCUUGAGGGUGAAAAGGUCAUCAUGGCAACAGUAAAGGCGUCAUUGAUUACAAUGUAUGAACCCACCACCUCCAUUUUGCAGUAUCAAAUGCCAGCAAAACUGGCCUGUGGUAAAGGUGCUUUACCAUCAGGAUCCUCCGACUUUACAAGGUUGUCAAAACAUCCUAGUCUAGAGAAGCCUACUGGCCUGACAUCAUUGAUGAAGCUGAAAAGAUCAUUCAGCAGUGCAUUCUCUAAGGAAGACAUGACUGUUGAUACCAAGAAAACUUCCCCUUCCAAAUCUGGCUCUCUCGUGAAACAAAGAAGACUGGAUUCAUUUGUUUCAUCCUAUCAAAGUCCUGGAAAAGUGUCUGAUAAUUCUGUAGAUGCUGAUAAAGGAAGGAUAAAGUCUGACAAUGACAUCAUAGUAUUAGAUGAUCCUACACAAGAAAUAGAAGAAAAUAAUGAUUUUCCAAAAGAAAGGCUUAUAAUAGUAGAACAUGGAAAUGUAGAUAAAAUAGGAAAUGAAAACUCUUCUGUAUGUAUAAAGGACAAUACAGAGGUUGAUGGUCCAACUAGAAAGGUAGGUGAGACAGGUGAUCAUCUGAAUGUUCUGAAAGAUACAGAAACUGCAAGAAGUGACAGUCAUUUUCAAAUACAUAGUAAUAAUGAUAGAGAGGGUGUAAGAAUUAGUGACAAUUUGACAGGAAUAAAUGAGGAAGGUUCUGAUGAAUCUAGUAUGUUAAAUGAUACUAGAGAUAAAUGUGUUCAAAAUUCCACUGAAUGUGUUCAGCACAGUAUUGUAGAUGCAAAGAAAACUGCCAAAUGUGUUCAAAGUGAUUCUCAGUGUGUUUAUAAAGAUACCAUAAGUGUUCAAAAUUAUCAAAAUAUGGAUGGUCAAGGUGCUAAAUUAUUUGUUGACAGAAUAAGUACUGAGUCUGUUGUUGAAGAGUUUGAUAAAGUAUCUGACAGACAAGACAAGAAAGUGAAUGGUGAGACAGUUGUUGUUAUAAAAGAACAUGAAGUUAACAGUAAAUCUGAAAUGAAAAUCAUUCCUCAUCAAGAUGAAGAUUCAAGUCGGAGGGAUAAAUCCAUCACAAGUACAGAUAUGUCAGUUAUUUCAGAUAGAUAUGACCAAGAUGAAGUUGAGGAGGAUAAAUUGAAUGCAGAACAUCUAGAUACGGCAGAAGAUAUAGAAAGAAAAGAAAGGUGCAUACCAUUUUGUAUGGACCAUUGGAAAAGCAGGUGGAAGUCUAGAGAAAACAAGGAAGGUAGCGAGAAGUUCAGUAGAGCAUUCAGAGCCACCAUCAAUCCAUCAGAAAAUGAGGCAGCAGAGCAAGAAUUACAGAGAGAAAUCAAGAAGGACAUGUUCUCACAGAUGGAGAUUCUAGGACAAUUUAACAUGGGGUUUAUUAUCACGAAGCUGGAGAAAGACUUGUUUAUAGUGGACCAGCAUGCCACCGACGAGAAAUACAACUUUGAGACCUUACAGAGAGAUACAGUUAUACAGAGUCAGAAAUUAAUCUGCCCAUUGAAUCUUGAAUUAACUUCCAGCAAUGAGACUAUCCUUAUGGAUAACAUUGACAUAUUCAAGAAGAAUGGAUUUGAAUUUAUCAUUGAUGAAGAAGGACCACCAACACAGAGAGUAAAAUUGAUUUCCACCCCUGUUAGCAAAAACUGGAACUUUGGUAAAGAAGAUAUAGAAGAAAUGCUUUUCAUGCUUACUGAUUCACCGGGGGUAACAUGCCGUCCAUCAAGGGUACGUGCCAUGUUUGCAUCUCGGGCUUGUAGGAAAUCUAUCAUGAUAGGAACCACACUGAAUAAAGCAGAAAUGAAAAAGCUGGUUUGUCACAUGGGUGAAAUAGAACAACCAUGGAACUGCCCACACGGACGUCCUACUAUGAGACACUUGAUAAAUCUAGAUAUGGUCCCAAAAUAGAAUGAUAAUAUUGGUUUCAUCAAGCCGCAGGAGACAAGAUCCUUUUAACUGGUUCAUUGAUGUGGUUGAUCAUCUUUGAUACUCGUCACAUAAAAAAGAUCAGGAAAGAUGACUCUUCAAAGAGAGCUAGAGAGCGGAAAAAAAAACAUUUUUUCCCUGCAUGGAAAUGAUUUUAAUUUUUUAUAUAGUAUACAGUUAACAUUCCACAGGAGACAAGAAUUGUUUAACUUGUUCAAUUUGUUUAUAUAGUGUGUACCAGUAUCACCUUUGAUACUCUUCAAAAAAAAGACCAGGAAGGAUGACUUUUCAGGAGAAUUUUGGAGAGCAACGAGCAUGUUUUUAUCUCACAUGCAUGACAAUGAUUUUAAAAUGAUUUGAAAUAAUCUACCAUUAACAGAUAGCAGCCUUUUGUUACGUAAUGUAACAAGGUGAUGUCAGUUUUGCAUACUAUCUUUAGAUAAUCAUAUUAAUGUAUUUAUAUCUUAUAGUCUUGACGUUUUUUGUGGUCAUUACAUCCACCAUUAGGAAUUUGUUUUGGUAUGUUAUGACGAUAGUAGAUGGUUGAUAACAAUUGUUUUAUGCAACUUCCUUUAUUUAGAGGAAUGGGGAUUGAACUUUGAAGAGGAUACAUAAAAAAAAGCAUCCUUUUGAUUUAAAAAUAGUGAAAUUCCUAAACACAUGAGCACACAUUUUUAGCUGGACUAUUCAAAGAAUAAGUAGAGCUAUCCUACUCACUAUGGCCUCGGUGUCACACCUUAGUUAAGUUUUUCGUACCACUCAACAUUUUGACAAAACCUUUUGAGAUAAAGCUUUGAAACUUUCAACACUUGUGUACCACCACCAAUGUUUUAGGCAAGAGUACAUAACCCCAUCAAGGAUUUUGGCUGAAUUAAGGCCCCUUUUAACUUACAAAUCUUGGUUAAGGUUGUUCUACCAGUUCAUAUUUUGUAUAAACUGUUUGAUAUAUGGCUUGAAACUUUUAUCACUAAGUCUUGUUUAUUAUAAUUGUCUCCAUCUGUAGGCAAGAGUACAUAACUCUUGUCAAAAGGGUUGUAAAAAAAAAAAUUUCACACCACUCGCCCUGUGAACAGUCACUCCCCCUAAAUAAAUUAAAACUUUAUGACAUUCAUAAUACUGUGACAUUUAUGAAAGAAGUAUUAUGUACAACAAACAAAUUUCAAAUAUAACACACAGUAGACAAAUAAUAUUCUCGUGUACAUUAUAUUUCCAUUUUAAUUAAUCAUAUUCAUUCUGCUUAAAUUUUCUUUUCACAGCAGCCAUUUUUCUUUUUCUUUCACUGUAUUUUUGUCAUCUCCACCACCCAGUCGCUCUCCAAAUAAACUACGGAUGUUAGUUUGCCAUACUUGACAAAGUACGGGAAAAUAAACGGUGAUGAUAAUAACAUUUUAGCUUGGAUAAAUAAGUUUAUCUUGACUGGCUUACAGUACAUGGUUUCCUUAGAAUAAUUGCAUCGAUAAUAAUAAUAAUCACAGUCUAGUGUGCAAUCAGUAACGGUAAGCGAUUGAAUUUUAAAGCGUCUAACGACGCAAAGUUUGUUAUCAUUUUUAACCAGGUUUCAAUAGAAAACCAGUUAUUAGAUUGGGGUAUGUCGUCGCCGUCAAACUUGGUUUCCACACAAUAACUUUAGUUUGGAACAAGCUAUAGACACCAAACUUGGCCUGUAGAUAGAUGGUAAGGAUUGCAUUUAGGGUCAUUUGGGUCAAGGUCAGGUUUGCUGUUGCUAAAAAUAGAAAAAUUGGUUUCCACACAAUAACUUUAGUUUGCAUUGAUGUAUUGAAAUAAAGCUUGGUUUAUAGGUAGCUUAUAGAAAAACCAAGGUUGGGAUUGUAUAUGGGGUCAUUGGGGUCAAGUUCAAGGUCAGGAUAACUUAUUUGAUAUUCAAACAUUGAAAAUCUCACGGUGGCGCAGUGGUCUAGAGCGUUGGGCUAAAAGCUACUUUUUAGUCAGUGGGACGUAAGGGCGUCGGUUCAAAUCCUGCUGAGAUCCAAAAAAUGUUUUUUUCUUUUUCUUUUUUUUGUGAUAAAAAGGUCAUCUUAAUGCCAUUUGGUCAUGGUCAAGGUCACAGUUACUAAAAUUAGAUUUUUUUUCUCUAAAAAUAGAUUUUUUUUCUCAGUGUGAUUAUCAAAAAGGUUGUUUCCACUUUAUAAUUUUAGUUUUGACUUAUUUACUGCCACAGCAAGUAGCUUUGAAUGAUAUUUGGGAUGACUGUUACUAAAAAUAGAAAAAUGGCUUCCACUCAAUAUCUUUAGUUUGGGUACACUUGCUUUCUGUAUACUUGGUGUGUAGAUAGCUUUUAUCGAACACAAAAGGUUGGGAAUGUAUUUGAGGUCACUUGGAUCAGGGUCAAGGUCAGCAUAGCUAAAAAUAGGAAAAUGGGGUCAUAUUUGAAAUAAAAAAUAGAUUUUUGUGCUGUGGAAAGGAAGGGUGUUGGUUCAAAUCUCACUGAGAGCCAAAAAAUUUAUUUUUCUUUUUAGUUUUCAACUGUCUGUCCGUUCGUUCGUUAGUUCAUUAGUCACAACGUUAACUUUUUGCAUAAAGGCACUUCACUCGCGAACCACUGCACCCAGGACCUUCAAACUUCACAUGCUGAUAGUUCUUAUUGAGUACACCACCCCUACUGACUUUGGGGUCACCAGGUCAAAGGUCAAGGUCACAGGGGCCAAUGUUAACUUUUUGCAUGAAGGCACUUACUCGCGAACCACUUCACCCAGGACCUUCAAACUUCACGUGCUGAUAGUUCUUAUUGAGUACACCAUCCCUACUGACUUUGGGGUCACCAGGUCAAAGGUCAAGGUCGCAGGGGCCAACGUUAACUUUUUGCAUGAAGGCACUUUACUCGCGAACCACUGCACCCAGGACUUUCAAACUUCACAUGCUGAUAGUACUUAUUGAGUACACCACCCCUACUGACUUUGGGGUCACCAGGUCAAAGGUCAAGGUCACUGGGGCCAACGUUAACUUUUUGCAUGAAGGCACUUUACUCGCGAACCACUUCACCCAGGACCUUCAAACUUUACCUGCUGUUAGUACUUUAUCAGUACACUAACCCUACUAACUUUGGGGUCACCAGGUCAAAGGUCAAGGUCACAGGGGCCAACGUUAACUUUUUGCAUGAAGGCACUUUACUCGCAAACCACUUCACCCAGGACCUUCAAAUUUCACAUGCUGAUAGUACUUAUUGAGUACACCACCCCUACUGACUUUGGGGUCACCAGGUCACCAGGUCAAAGGUCAAGGUGCUGCGGAGGCAUUUGUCACCAUUAGUGACAGCUCUUGUUUCAUUUCUUUUCUGGUGACAGAAAGAUUUCAAUGCCAUUGGGUAACUAAAAAUAGAAAAAUAGUUAUAAUAAAAAAUAUAUGUAUAAUAGAAUAUGACCAUUUUUUAGCUCAUCUGAUUUUUUGGGGAAAAAAUGAUGAGUUAUUGUCAUCACUUGAUCGGCGUCGGUGUCGGUAUUGCCUGGUUAAGUUUUAUGUUUAGGUCAGCUUUUCUCCUAAACUAUCAAAGGUAUCGCUUUUAAACUUGCAACACUUGUUCACCAUAAAUAGCUGAUCUUGUACAGCAAGAAACUUAACUCCAUCCUGCUUUUUGCAAGAAUUAUGGCCCCUUUUGACUUAGAAAAUAUCAAAUUUCUUGGUUAAGUUUUAUGUUUAGGUCAACUUUUCUCCUAAACUAUCAGUGCUAUUGCUUUGAAACUUGCAACACUUGUUCACCAUCAUAAGCUGACCCUGUACAUUAAGAAACAUAACUCUGUCCUGCUUUUUGCAAGAGUUAUUGCCCCUUUUGGACUUAGAAAAUCAGAUUUCUUGGUUAAUUUUAUGUUUAGGUCAGUUUUUCUCCUAAACUAUCAAAGAUAUUGCUUUAAAACUUGCAACACUUUUUCACCAUCAUAAGCUGACCCUGUACAAGAAACAUAACUCUGUCCUGCUUUUUGCAAGAAUUAUGGCCCCUUUUGGACUUAAAAAAUAUCAGAUUUAUUGGUUAAGUUUUAUGUUUAGGUAAACUUUUCUCCUAAACUAUCCAAGCUAUUGCUUGGAAAUUCGCAACUGUUGUUCACCAUCAUAAGCUGACUCUGAAAUUUGUUAAAGUUACGACGUAAAAAGCACUCGCCCAAUCGGUCAAGUAUACAGGGAGGUCCACUUGCCCUAUUCAGACUUAAACUCACCAAUGCGAGCAGGCAAGUGGAAUUUUACACCCCUGGUCAACUAUUUUGGCAGAAUUAUGGCCCUUUAUGGACUUGGAAAUUGGUACAAUUUUCAUGCAAGUCCACAUUCUGUCAAAACUAUUUGACAUGUGGCUUUGAAACUUUGAACACUUGUUUGUGAUGUCCCUCUGUAGGCAAGAGUACUAAUUCUGACAACUAUUUUGGCUGAAUUGUGGCCUUUAUUGAAAUUAGAAAUUGGUUUAGUUUUUGUACAAGUCCAUGUUUUGUCAAAACUAUUUGACAUGUGGCUUUGAAACUUUGAACACUUGUUUACCAUCAUAGUCUACAUAUAAAGGCAAGACUACAUUUAUCUAAGACAAGGAUUUAAGCUCAGUUAUGGCCCUUUUUUGACAUAGAAAUUAGUUAAGUUUCGCAUACCAUUCCAUAUUUUGUCCAAACUGUUUUAUCUAGGGCUUGGAAACUUUGAACACUUGCUUACCAUCAUGGUCACACAUUGCCACAUAAUGCAUGACUUUUCCAAAUCCACAAAUACAGGUACAUUGUUUGUCUUAUCUACAGUAAAACACCGCUCGCUCGAGGUCGCAAGGGGAUGAGCAAAAUACUCGAGUUAUCCAUGGUUUUGAGCGACCCAAACAUUAACCAACAUACGAAGAAAACUAAAGUUUGUUUUACGGUCAUCGGGACCGUUUGCUGAGUAAACGGUGAUGCGUAAUAAUAACAUACUUGUGACAUUUUCGAAAACAAACGUAUUACAAACGUUAUCUAUUGAUAGACGUUACAAUAUGUAAUUUGUAAAUAGCAGAUGCGAAGAAACAACUAAGAUUUUUUUUUUUAAUAUUUAUUCACCAACAAGUACAUAUCAUAAUUAUCGUCUCAAUUUUAUGAAACGGCUAUAUUAUUUCCUUCAUUUGCAUGCAAACAACCGCUGAUUAAAUUACUAAGAUCUCGAUCCCGCAGAAAAGAUGCUUUAAGUUAUCAGUAAUUGAUCGAUAUUUGAUCAAUAAAACUUUUCUUUAAGCUUUUAUCAAUAAUUAAUCUCAUCAUAAUAUCAAAUAUACCGACAAACAAACAUUUAAGAUAGUCUGGGAAUAGACUACGCAAUUCUCACGGUGUGUGAGAAUGUUUAAUUAACCGAUACAUUCUGACCGCCGAAGGUGUGAAAAAUUUUGACACCUCUGCUCGAGUUAGCCAGAAGCAACAAAGAAUGAAUUGAUACACAGGGACCAGGUGUCAUGCUCGAGCGAUCGAGUUAUCGAUGCUCGACCCAGCCACGGUAAUAUCACAUAGAAAAUAGAAGGAAAUCGGCCGGGACCACAUGAACUGCUCGAGCGAGCCCGGGUGCUCGAGUCAUCGAUGCUCGAGCGAGCGGUGUUUCACUGUAUUUUUCUUCUUUUGUCUGAAAAUCUCUGGUAUUAUUUUGACCCCAUACUUCCAUCAAUUCUUUGAAAAGUGGCAAGCGCUGUCAACAGACAGCUCUUGUAAUAUUAAAGAUCGGUAACUGAAUUUUAAUUCCAAACUUUGAAAGUGAUAACUAAAUGAAGAAAGCACAUUUUAUUGUGUUGCGUGUAUUUUAUGUGAACAGUUUUGUUUCCUUGACGCUGAAGAAUCCUUGUAGACAAGAAUGAGCCCACCCACUUAGCUCAAUAGGGAGAAUGCAGAUCUACGGAUCUCGAGGUCGUAAGUUCGAGCCCUGGGUGAGGCGUAUGUUCUCCGUGAUGAUUUGAUAGAAGACAGUGUGUCUGAAAUCAUUCAUCCUCCACCUCUGAUUCAUGUGGAGAAAUUAGCAGUAACUUGUGCACAACAGGUGAGUACUGGUACAGAAUCCAGUAACACUGAUUAUGUUAACUAACCACCGUUACACAACUGAAAUUCUGUUGAAAAAUGGCAUUAAACCCCUCCCCCCUCCCACCAAAAAAAAAAAAAACAACAAAUCUUUGAGUGUUUCCUUGAAGCUGAAGGUUUCUUGUAGACAAAGAAUGAAAGUGGUUAGACAUGGGAAAAAACACAGAAGCAGACCCUGUAUUUAGAGGCUUUAGAAGCUUCUAGUUUCGGUCCAGUGAUUCUCAGAAAAACAUUGAGAAAACUUCUUCAGUGUGCCCGACUGAUACAGGUUGUAAACUAAAGUCGGUUACAGUGAAAUGUUUGUAUUCCUGUAUGUUUUUAACAGAAGUCCUUUACUGUAAAAGUACAUAUUUUUGCUGGGUCAAAAUUUCGCGAAUUGGAAAUUCUGAGUUAUGUUCGCGAGGUUAAACAUUCGCUAAAUUGUAAAAAUGGUAUCAUACUUUAAUUUGAAUUAUACUAAUGGUGAAUUUUAAUUCAAGGAUUAAUUUUUGCGAGAUGUAGGGUCUAGCGAAUACAGCGAAAAUUACCUCGCAAAAAUUUCUGUUUUUACAGUUUUAUAAAGAGAUGUUAUCUGUACUGGUAGUUAUUUUACAUAUAUUAAAGAAUUUUAGAGAAGAUACAUA